AUGGCCACGGACGCUGCGAUAGAUUAUUCGAGGCCUGCUCUCUCACACACAAAUCGAGACAGGACACCUCCAAUCCCGUCCUUGGCCCCACCGCAGCCGCCAGUUGCAAGCCCACCCCCUCGCUACUCCCCCAAAGGCAUGGAGAGAGGAGGGCCGUCGAGUCCCUCUACGCAGACGCAGAGAAGACCGCUCUCUUCUUCGUCUCCGAAUACUGGCAGAUCUCAAGGCUCGCAAUUUUCCAUGGCCAAUACUUCUGACAGCGCCACGCGAACUCCUCCUCCGCGAAGGUCCUCAUACGAGGCCGGCGAUGAUGUGUACAUGAGAAAGCCUGCCCGAGAAUCCGAGAAUUGGGAGCCUUUAGAAGACUUUGCUACAAAACGAGAUGAAAGGGAUAGUGAAUCAGCACCAUUUACACAGUCAAUACCGUACCGGCAAUUGCUUACUACGGAAGCAUCUCAGUCAUUGCAGCAACCGCAGAGUGGGAUAAUCUCAACCGUGAAUGGUAGUGGCUCAGAUUCAAGACAUACAUCAGGAGGAAGCUAUGUGAGCGCCUCAGGCCCCGAAGACGCCUUUCAGCCCUUACAAUAUCAUCAUCACCCUUUUCAGUCAGGCGAUGGCAGGGGUUCCGCGGACAGCAGCGCUUCGAACAAGAAGACUCAACGAUUUUCUGACGAUACGCCUCCAAUUCCGUCUCAUCAUCAUCAUCUCUCGCCCAUGGGAAGCAGUACGCGGCUGGGUGCGAAUCUCCCACGGCCGUCCUCUGCGUACUCCUCGGGGUCUGAACUUGGGGCCCCAGGACGAACACACUCGCCUCAAUAUGCUCGGACGCCGUCCCCUUCCAGACUUUCGCCGGACUCCCGGCCCAUGUCGUACGUCGACCUACUGAACGUCCCCUACCCACAACCUCCUCCAGCUCCAUCGAAUCUUGACAAUGCACAUCUGCGCUCAGCUAUCGGCGACAACGCAUCGUUACUCAGUACUAAGAAGACUCUGGAGAUGUAUCGCGCCAACGUGAAGAAAACGAACGACCCUACUAUACAGUACGAGUUCGCUGUGUUUAUGAUCAAUGCUGCUCAAGAGUCUGCGACCAGCGAGAGGGAUAAUGACAGUCAGAGACACUCUAGUCUGAGACCAAAUCGAGAUGGGGAGAGUCCACACCGCGACAAUUCGACACCUGGCGGGUCGCAGGCGGACCUCCUCCGCGAAGCCAGACAAAUACUACAGAAGCUCUCCGAUCGAAGCUAUCCAUACGCUCAGUAUUACCUAGCCGACGGCUACGCCUCAGGUCUCUUCAAUAAAGGCGUCGAAGACAACGACCGCGCAUUCCCACUCUUUGUGGCCGCCAGCAAGCAUGGUCACGCAGAAGCUGGCUAUCGAGCUGCACUAUGCUACGAGUUCGGCUGGGGCUCUCGAAAAGAUCCACAAAAAGCCGUUCAAUUCUUUCGGCAAUCUGCCUCAAAGAAUCACCCGGGUGCAAUGUCACGGUUAGGAAAAGCCUGCUUGACUGGUGAGAUGGGCCUAGGGAACCGCUACCGUGAGGGGGUGAAAUGGCUCAAACGCGCUGCGGAAUCCGCAGACUUCCAAUACAACUCCGCACCUUACGAACUCGGGCUUUUACACGAAACAGGAUUUGGUGAUGAUAUAUUCAAGGACGAGUCGUACGCGGCGCAGCUUUUUACCCAGUCAGCGGACUUAGGACAUGUGGAGGCAAACUACAGGCUUGGAGAUUCAUACGAGCAUGGGAAACUAAGUUGUCCGAAAGAUCCGGCACUGAGCGUGCACUUUUAUACAGGUGCUGCGCAAAGAGGGCAUCCGUUGGCAAUGAUGGCGCUUUGUGCAUGGUACAUGGUCGGCGCGGAACCGGUGCUAGAGAAGGAUGAGAACGAAGCGUAUGAGUGGGCUAGGAAAGCCGCUGAGACUGGCCUACCAAAAGCCGAAUACGCCGUCGGCUACUUCACAGAGAUGGGUAUCGGCUGCCGACGCGAUCCUCUUGAGUCCAACAAGUGGUACGUCAAAGCCGCCGACUCGGGCGACGAGCGGGCGAAGCAUAGACUCGCAGCUAUACAAGCGGCAGCCUCCGGUGGCUCGUCCACAUCCUCGUUCCAGACAUCGUCGAACACAAGUAAAAAGAGCGGGGACGAGAAAGGGAAGAAGAAAUGGGGCCUCUUCUAG